AUGGAUCCUUAUAAUACCACCUCUGACCAAACAACCACGCUUCAAUCGACAACAACUUCGGAUGCAGCAACAAACACUGCUGACUCGACAACAACCACUAAUGAACCCACAACUACCACUACUGAACCCACAACAACCACUACCGAACCCACAAUAACCACUACCGAACCCACAACAACCACUACUGAACCCACAACAACCACAACCGAACCUAUAACAACCACUACCGAACCCACAAUAACCACUACCGAACCCACAACAACCACUACUGAACCCACAACAACCACUACCGAACCCACAACAACCACUACCAAACCCACAACAACCACUACUGAGCCCACAACAACUACUACCGAACCCACAACAACCACUACCGAACCCACAACAACCACUACUGAACCCACAACAACCACUACCGAACCCACAACAACCACUACCGAACCUACAACAACCACUACCGAACCCACAACAACCACUACCGAACCCACAACAACCACUACCGAACCCACAACAACCACUACUGAACCAACAGCAACAACCACUAGUGAACCAGCAACAACAACAACCGAACCCACAAUAACCACUACUGAACCCACAACAACCAGAGCCGAACCCACAACAACCACGACUGAACCAACAACAACCACUACUGAACGCACAACAACCACUACCAAACCCACAACAACCACGGUCGAACCAACAACAACCACUACCGAACCCACAACAACCACUACUGAACCCACAACAACCACUACUGAGCCCACAACAACCACUACCGAACCCACAACAACCACUACCGAACCCACAACAACCACUACCGAACCCACAACAACCACUACUGAACCCACAACAACCACUACUGAACCUACAACAACCACUACCGAACCCACAACAACCACUACCGAACCCACAACAACCACUACCCAACCCACAACAACCACUACCGAACCCACAACAACCACUACCGAACCUUCAACAACCACUGAACCCAGAACAACUACAAAUGACCCCUCAACAGCCACUACUGAACCCACAACAACUACUAUUAAACCGACAACAACUACAAUCAAAACCCCAACGACAACUAUCGAACUCACAACGGCCAAUAAUGAGCCUACAACAGCGAGUACUGAGGCGGCAACAACAGCUGCCGAUGUUUUGUUAACAGCCAUUGUUACUCCAGGACUAGAGGAGAGGACGGGAACACCCCCUAGUACCAACACUUCCGUGGAAUUCAAACUUUUAGAAAUAAAAUUUGAGUGUGGUGUAGCGUUUAGAGAUAAAAGUGUGGAUCCCGAACAAUUUCUAUAUGACAUCACGUGGUACAUAAACGACGCCAUGAUACUGAAGAGUUCCAUUACGAACCUGACGUACGCUGACUUAGCAACAACAGGACGACUACAGGAGAUACACUGGAGGGGCGUGCAUAGAUUGAGUUUUGAGGUAAAAUGUGGAGUCGCACUCCGUUCCGCUGACAACAAACCAGGGUCUGUCACCUUAAGUGAAUCGUUCUAUGCAGGAAUUCAGACAGAUACACAGGAAUACGUGGUUACUGAAGGUGACUGGUUCGACAUUCAAGUGAGACUGACCAUUCCUUUAGGAUGCUACUUCCCAGCUAAUUCUGAUAUUAACGAAAUUAAUGUCAUCAAAGAAACCCAGUGUAGGAUGACAGUUAGAAUAGUUACUAGUAUGGACAGUUCCGGUACCAUUUGCUCUGCUGGGGGUCUAACAAACGAACCUAUCGCCUUCGGAGGAUAUAGCUGUGGCUUACAAUUCAAUCAUUCAAACUGGGACUCUGCGCAGGCCGUUCGUGUUUACGGGGCGUCUGAUAACCUUGUCAAUGUGAGGAAUAGAAACGUAAAGGUGCGCCUUAUAGCGGAGGAAGUUGUGACUCGCCACAACGCCUGGAAUGCUGCCUCUUCUCAGAACAUUUCCGUGAGCGUCGUCGAUGCAGACAUCCGGGUCGUCACCAGUGUAUGUAAAAGCUACAAUGAUCCACACAUCCGCACGUUUGAUGGCAGGAGCUGGGAAAAUCAGCGGCUUGGCGAAUACGUGUUAUACUACAAUAAGGACACACACCAUUCGGUACAUGCCAUGUAUCAGACCUGUGCCAAUGACGUCACUGGAGCGACCUGUAACUGUGGAUUGGCUGUGAGGAAUAAAAAGGCUCGCUUUGUCGCCAACUUCUGCUCUGCUCGAAUCGGAUGGUUGGUUAGUGACGUAACCAGGUCAAACCGGUACAUAGAGGGGUCGUUUUGUGACGACACACACAUGGCGAUAGAGAACAACGGAAAUGCAUACAAGAUAACAUUGCCAACAGGCACACAGAUAUCAUUCUACCACAUCACAGACAACAGCAGUACAACCAUUGGUGGUAUCACAAUCAAGCCCUCUAUUGCUGACUGGCAAACGUCUGGGGGACUCUGUGGCUUCCUGGACGGAAAUAUUACCAACGAUUUCAGGACUAGGGAUGGUGGAACGACAAGUGACGAACGAACAUUUGCACUGGACUGGAAAAUAACGGGACAAACUGGUGACGUAUCUAUGUUUGGUGAUGCCAGCUUGCCGGAUAUAAAUAAAACAUCGCCAAGGUAUUGUAAAUGUAGAGACCGAGCGGCUCAUGGUGACGUCACUACUGUCGAAUGUAACCUCGAGUCCGCCACGGCUCUGUGUUCUGGCACAGGAUCCGACAGCUUUUUCAAAUCUUGCGAUGAAACUUUUCGUCGGAAGCGGUCGGCAUCUGAACCUCUUCAGAGACAUAGACGAGCUGCAGGUGACGGCGAUGUAGUGGCCAAGUUCCCAAUAGUUCUGGAGAGUGACGCCGACCUAGAACCGACGCCUUUGUCAUGGAGGAAUGGAUGGAAUGAACAGUCGGCGACAGCAGCCUGCAGACAAUUUCUGGAGAAUCAGAUGUUUUUGAAGAAAUGUGAAGAGAUACUACACGAGAUGAGAAAAGAGACAGCGGAAGGGAUUAAAGCCUGUGUUGAAGACAUCAAGCUAAUUGGAGACACCAGGUAUAUGCAGUCAACGGCUGAUACGUUGUCCGAAAGUUGCCGGAUGACGGUAGUCAGACUCGAAAACCUCACCAUGACGUCAUCACCUGGUACACCUGGCAAAUCGGUGUUAGGCGAAAUGUUGGACCUAGAUUGUAGGAAUAAUUGCUCCAGAAACGGAAGAUGUACAAACGGAAUUUGCGAAUGUUUUGACGACUUCGAGGGAAGUGAUUGUUCUAUACGGCGAUCAUUACCUCCUAUUAUGUCAUCACGGACAAACCCAGGACUGUGUCAAAGUGACGUAUACGCUUGUACUACCUUCUAUGUCUCCGGCUCGAAUUUUGCAAGUGAAAAUGUGACUUGUAGAGCUGUCCAUCUCACGAUACACGAAUCAACAUACCAGCUGACGUCACAGAACGAGACAUUUCCAGCUGUACCAAUGUCUGGUGGUAUAGGCUGUUCAUGUUCUAUACCACAAUCUCGCCGGAAAAGGCGAUCUGCGCAUGACAAUGCUGCGAUUGCAGAGGGAUUUUUCCUCAGCGUUUCAAAUGACGGUGUUGUUUUCAGUGAUGACGUAUUAAUGCUCGUUUACAACUCAACAUGCUUUACCUGUAACACAACGUCCAUCUCGUGUAGUGUAAAGAGCUCUUGUCAGUCUACAACAUCUACGUUACCUACAACGUCACCAAGCAGCAGCUCCGUCAGUACCACACUGCCUACAACACAGGACGAUCAACAUCAUGGAUACAUCAACACUGGAUUAGUGGUUGGCGCUGUUGUAGGAGUAUUGGGAUGUGCCGUCGUGAUACUGGUGCUGACUAAACUCAUCUCCGUACACGUGAACUCGAAAAAGGCCGAAACAGUCGACUUGGACGAGGAAUACCAGUACAGACGAAACAAUUACUGGGAACAUGGCAGAGGAUAUCCGAGUCUUGGACGAUCAACUCUAUCCAGCCGCAUACACACGCGAUUCUAUUAAGUGUCUCUGCCACGCAGUUAUUUUCUUGUUUUAAUGACAGUCUUAAGUCUUUGUGUGUUCAUAAACAGUGUGAAAAUUCAUAUGAUAUAAAACUUUUGUUUUUCUCCCAAAACAGUUUCAGUACUUUAAGAUAAUUCAUGUUAUUCAAUAUUUAUAUGUAACAACAUAUGUAUAUAUCAGAUCUAUUUUUACGUGAUUCAUAUUGGUGUAGUGAUAUGAAGUAUAAUGUCCGUAACUUCGUCUCUAAAUGACGUCGUUUUUUUCUGACGUCACUAUAUAUAGUGCAUCUUUGACGUUCGUUCUAAAAAGGUUUUAGGAAUCAACACUGCGUCGCUGCCAGGCUUACUCUUGCUAGUCAGCAGCAAAUAGCAAUUCGUUAAACAAGUAGCUAUUGUAUACAUCCCCGAUAGCAUAAUUACCAUAAACUGGUGUUAGCACAAUAUAUAUUUCAGUUUUACAGAAUAACACAAAAUGUGUUUUAACCAUGUAGAAAUCAUGCAUAUAUUACGAUGGUGAUUUGGCACACUUGUAUACGUGGCGAGUUCAUGAUUGACCUGCAUGCUAUACUAGUGGGUUGACACCUAAAGGAGUGUCACAGAAAGCAUGAAGUAUAGUGAGGGGCAAUAACUCUGUUUCAGAGUGGUUUUCAUCAAAAACACUCAAUAUCUAAAUUUCGACCAAUAAAAAGACUAUGUGUUGGUCCCAAUGCAACGAAAGCCAUAAAGUUGAAUUUGCAGUCGUCUAAUACACCUACAUACCAAAUUUAAUCAAAAUCGAACAAUAUCUGAAUUUCGACCAAUCUGAGGCCAGAAAUUGGCGGCCAUUUUGUUAAAAUGUGGAAGUAAGGUUAUAGGAGUAACCAGUGUCCCAUGAUGUACCUACAUAUCAAAUUUAAUCACAAUAUCUUAAAUUGGACAAAUCAUAGGCCUGGAAAGGCGGCCAUCUUGUUAAAUGCGAAAGUGACGUUACGAGAGUGACCAGUGUUCUAUGAUGUACCUACAUACAAAAUUUUAUUGAAAUCAGAGAAUAUCUAAAAUUAGACCAAUCAGAGGUCAGUAAAUGGCAGUCAUUGUGUUAAAAACUUAGUGAGGUGAGAAGAGUUAAGAGUGUCCAAUUUUGUACCUGUAUCAUUAUCUAAUUUCAUCAAAAUUCCACAAUAUCUAAAUUUGGACCAAUCAGAGGCCAGGAAAUGGCGACCAUUUUGUUAAAAUGUGAAAUGAUGUUACGAGAGAGACUGGUGUCCCAUGAUGUAGCUUCAUAUCAAAUGUUGUUAAAAUCGGACAAUAUCUUAAUUUGGACCAAUCAGAGGCCAGAAAAUGGCGGCCAUUUUGUUAAAAAAAGUUAUUGUGAGGUUACAAGAGUAACCGAUGUCCCAUUAUAUAACUUCAUACCAAAUUUCAUUGCAAUCGAAUAAUAUCUAAAUUUUGACCAAUUUCUUCGAUUCACUCAUUCACUUGUAAAUCUUAAGGAUUUGAUGGAAAAUGUCUCACCCUAAUAUUUUUAAUUUUAAUCUUAGUGUUUAAAAUCACUUUAAAGUUUAUAAUCGAUCGUCACGAUUGUAUUAACUAUCUAUGAUCAAUUAUUGAUCGAUUAUGAAUAGAAAGAAAUAUCUGCAAAAACAUAAAAAUGAAAAAAAUAUUCAAUAAUCGCUACAUUAUAAUUUAUAAUUUAUUUAAUAUCAUGACCAGAGGAGCUAUCCAAGAUGGCAAAUUAGAAAAUUAGAAAGUUUUAAAAUGUUUUAAGUGAAUUUCAGCAAUAAUUCCUGUAAAUAAAGAUUAUCCGAGUAUAAUAAAUCAUAUUGUUUUUUUUUGUUUUUUUUAAUUAUUUUUUCAACCUCUUGUUAGGUUUCAGUGUACAUCAGUUUGACUGGUUUCUUAAAAUUAAGUGGCAUUUCAUACUCUUACAUAUAUUAAAUGUAAAUAGAUGUAAAUAUCUGCCUAUGGCGGUGUGGACCAAAAAAUAGAAACAUAUAAACUAUUUACACUAGUAACUGUGUUCCUGUAUUUAAACUGUAUGCAGAUGACAUCUCGAAGAAGACUAUUUUGUAGAAUUGUUACCAUCAAAUCCUGGUUAAUGCUUGAAUUUGUGAAAUCAUUCUAUAAUACAUUUACUAUUAAUAAGUUGAAAUAAGUUUAAAUUCAAAAGAUAAAAAAAACUACUACAUGGAUCCCCACUCAAAAAUAAUUGAAUUUAAUUUAGUGCGACACAAUAUGAAUACAUAAUAGUUCAAAACUUUUAGUAUGAAUUUGUCAGAAUUGGUUUCUUGCACAUUUUUUUCUUUGGUAUGUGUAAGCGAAAGGUUGAAAUAUGUUGGUAUGGUAUUAAAGCAAAGAUGUUUCAAAUUUUACUUAUUAUUACCUGUGUGCAGAUGACAUUUUGAAGACAAACUAUUUUGUAAAAUAGUGAUAAUAAAAUAUUGGUAGUUCUUA